AGAUACUCUUAUUUUUGCCCCCUAUCUGAUCAUGAAUUCCUCCUGGAUGCACGCUCCCUAAAGUGUUCUGUGUUUUAGUGGUUAUAAUUUCCCACAUCCCACGAUGCCCCUUGAUAGAAUUAAUCUUUCUGUACUCACACAAAUGGAAACAGAAGAGAUCAAAAAUUCUGGGGAUAUGGCCUCGCAGGUCUCAAAAUCAUCGGCUGCUAAGCACAACCUGCACUUCUCUGCCUCUCUUCUUGGCUGAGUUCCUUUCUUGGCUCAGAGUCAGAUUUUCCACGGCCUAGGAGGCUUAGGACCCAGGGGGCGCCUUUCAGCCGAAAAACAGCUCGCGCUGCAGUAAGCUAGCUGGGAAGCUCCCAGUUCUAAAGAGAGGCUGUUUACCCGAAGAGCAUAACAAGGGCAGGUCUGACUGCAAGGCUGGGACUGGAAGGCAGAGCCGCUGCCAAGGGGGCCCCGGUUGGACACUGGUCGUUCAAUCACCUGUAAGACGAAGGAGGCAAGGAUGCUGCUGGCCUGGGUGCAGGCAUUCCUCGUCAGCAACAUGCUCCUAGCAGAAGCCUACCGAUCUGGAGGCUGUUUGUGGGACAACGGCCACCUGUACCGGGCGGACCAGCUCUCCCCUGCGCCGGGCCUCCGCUGCCUCAACUGGCUGGACGCGCAGAGCCGGCUGGCCUCGGCCCCCGUGUUGGGCGCCGGCAAUCACAGUUAUUGCCGAAACCCGGACGAGGACCCGCGCGGGCCCUGGUGCUACGUCAGUGGCGAGGCCGGCGUCCCUGAUAAACGGCCUUGCGAGGACCUGAGCUGUCCAGAGACAACCUCCCAGGCCCUGCCAGCCUCCACGACAGAAACUGAGGAAGUGUCUGAAGGGCCAGGUGCAGAUGAGGUGCAGGUAUUCGCUCCUGCCAACGCCCUGCCGGCCCGGAGUGAGGCAGCAGCUGUGCAGCCAGUGAUUGGGAUCAGCCAGCGGGUGCGGAUGAACUCCAAGGAGAAAAAGGACCUGGGAACUCUGGGCUACGUGCUGGGCAUUACCAUGAUGGUGAUCAUCAUUGCCAUCGGAGUUGGCAUCAUCUUGGGGUACUCCUACAAGAGUCUUUUCAGUGUCAGCCCUGCUCAAAGCCAUCUCCACUUCACAAGCUGAGACACCCCCUGCCCCCGACCAGCCACAUGGAUGGAUGCCUCUUCUAUCCCAGAGCUCCAGCUACCCCUUCUCUAAAGAUUAGGUGACUGGCAGCCUCUCUCUAAGCUCUAGUCUUAUGGAGCCAGUUUCUUGCCUAGAAGAUGUUGAUAGGUUCUGCUAGAAGAAUAGAAGGCAUCAAUGCUGGCUCUUCCCAAACCGGUUCCACAACCAUCCCUGCUAUCCCCCAUCCCCCAAACGUCUGGUAAGUGAUACCUCAAGCCGCUCUAACUCCUCCUCCUCCUCCUGUUCCCUCAUUGCCAAACAGUCUCUCCAUUCUGACUCCACCCUGCCUCACCAGUCUCUCCAUUCUAACUCCAUCCUGCCCCAGGCUCCGGUCCCCACAGCUACUACUGUAAUUCAGAAAUCUGAAAUGUUUCAUUAGCCCUCUAUGCAGGUCUUCAUGGCCUGAGACCCUCCCCAUUCCACCCGAAUCUACUAACCAUAUCAGACUAAUAUAUAUAUAUUUUUUGAGAUGAAGUCUCUCUCCGUCACCAGAUUUGAGUGCAGUAGUGUGAUCUUGGCUCACUGCAACUUCCGCCGCCCAGGUUCAAGUGAUACUCCUGCCUCAGCCUCCUGAGUAGCUAAGACUACAGGCAUGUACCACCGGCCCAGCUAAUUUUUUUUUUUUUGAGACAAGUCUUGAUCUGUCACCAGGCUGGAGUGCAGUGGCGCAAUCUCAGCUCACUGCAACCUCUGCCUCCUGGGUUCAAGCAAUUCCCCUGCCCUGGCCUCCCGAGUAGCUGGGACUACAGGCACGUGCCACCACGCCAGCUAAUUUUUUGUAUUUUAGUAGAGAUGGGGUUUAACAAGUUGGCCAGGAGGGUCUCAAUCUCCUGACCUUGUGAUCCACCCGCCUCGGCCUCCCAAAGUGCUGGGAUUACAGGCAUGAGUCACUAUGCCCGCCUUGUAUUUUUUUUUUAGUAGAGACAGGGUUUCACCAUGUUGGCCAGGCUGGUCUCAAACUCCUGACCUCAAGUUAUCUACUCGCCUCAGCCUCCCAAAAAAGUGCUGGUAUUACAGGCGUGAGCCACCAUACUUGCCCAGAUUCAUUUUGGAAAAAGCACAGCUCUUAAACUUUCUUGCUUAAAAAUCUUUUCCUGCCAGGCACGGUGGCUCAUACCUAUAAUCCCAACACUCUGGGAGGCUGAGGAAGGAGGAAUGCUUGAGCCCAGCCUGGGCAACAAAAUGAGAACCUGUCUCUACAAAAAAUAAAAAUUAAAAAAUUAGGUGUGGUGGUACACACCUGCAGUCCCAGCUACUCGGGAGGCUAAGGCAGGAGGACUGCUUGAGCCCUGGAGGUUGAGGCUGUAGUGAGCCAUGAUCAUGCCACUGAACUCCAGCCUGCAUGGCAGAGCAAGAUCCUGUUUCAAAACAACAACAACAAAAACCCUUCCUGAUUCAAGCCCCAGAAACAGGGAAAAAUAAAAAUAAAAACCAAAACCAAUCAACCAGAAAACUCUUUUACAUCUGUCUCCUAAAUAUAUUCCAGACUCCUUAAUUUAAAACACAGGGACCUUAAUGUACCCCCAAACUGUUCAGACUACUACUAUCUUCAUGGACCCCCAUGAGAAGGGCAGUGGUUAAAGUCUCAGGCUUGGCGAUCAGACUGAUUAACCCAAUCCCAGCUCUGUCCCUUUCCAGCCCAGCUUCUUAUCUGGAAACCAAGGUUGUCAUGAGGACUAAACAUGCACCUGCAUAUUAAUUCCUCAGCUUAGUGCCUAGCAUAUAGAGAGCACUCAGUACGUGUCAGCUGUUGUUAUUGCUAUGAUUGGAAUCAUUUGUUUCCAGGUAAAAUAGAUGAUUUUCUCUUCUUUCCUCCCAGGUCUUUGCUCCUGUCGCUUCAAUCUUGGAACCUCUCUGCCAAUAGGAACUUUUUAUCCAAUUCUGACCCUUCAGGGCUCUGCUAGAACUCAUUUCUCCUUCACUGAUUUCCUAUGCAGUGAGGUGCUCUACUUGGUUCAAGGGCCCUUAGCAUCUGGACACCUUGAACAGCAAGGCCAGGCCAUCUCAGGCUACAAUUUGCCUCUCUAGUUUGCCUUGUCCACGCUGUUUGCCCUUAGAGAUGUGUAAUUCUUUGAGAAUAGGGCUGUGAGCUAAGAACAGUUGGCUAGAGGUAGUUUCAGUGGCACAGACAAACACAACGAAUAGCUGCUGACCCACCCCACACAAGAUGCACAGGAAGGGGUCUCUACCUUCUAGUGAAGCCCACAAUUCUUGCACCUCUCCCUACUCUUGCCCUGCUGGCAGGUUUGUUGGUGGGACUCACCAUUCCCGAGGCGAUUCCUUUGGCAAAUCUGACCUUCUGCUGCCAGGGGAACGGAUCCUGCAGGAUAGGGGAAUGACUGUUGGAGGUUGUUAAGCCCUGUCCCACUCGUGGUCCAGACCCACGAGUCAAUAUGGUCUCCCAGUGAAGCCUCCCUGUCUGUGCCUAGACCCGCCCAGCAUGGUCUUUGGGGGCAAAGCAGGGCUCCUCUGGCCUUUAAACUCCCAGGGUAAUGGUAGUAGAAGUGUCCGACAACCCACCAAGGCUCCUGGAGACUAUGGGGUGUUGUGCUCACCAUUCC